AUGGCAUCUACGUUAAAGACGUUGGGCUUCGGCAAGAGCCAACAGAUCAAAGGGACUGUGGUGAUAAUGGCCAAGAAUGUGUUGGACUUUAACGCCAUAACCUCAGCUGCUACUACCGGUGUUUCUGGCUUUCUUGGCGGGUUCUUCGACGCUGCCGGCAGCUUAGCUGGUGGUUUAGCUGAUGACGUUACUGCCAUCUUCAGCCGUAGUGUCUCCCUGCAGUUAAUCAGUGCAACCAACACAGAUAGAAAUGGAAAUGGGAAACUUGGAAAGGAAACCUUCGUAAAUAAACAUCUUCCAACGUUACCAACCUUGGGAGAUAGGCAGGAUGCAUUCGAUAUUUAUUUUGAUUGGGAUGCUGAUUUUGGAAUACCAGGAGCAUUUUACUUUAGAAACUAUCUGCAACGUGAUGAGUUCUUCCUUGUCAGUGUAACACUUGAAGACAUACCAAAUCAUGGAACCAUUCACUUUGUUUGUAACUCAUGGGUUUACAACUCAAAGAAAUACAAAAAGGAUCGCAUUUUCUUUGACAGUAAUACAUAUCUUCCAAGUGAAACACCAGCUCCACUAGUUAAGUAUAGAGAAGAAGAGUUGCUGAAUUUAAGAGGAGAUGGAAAAGGGAAGCGCGUGGAAUGGGAAAGGAUCUAUGAUUAUGAUGUCUACAAUGAUUUAGGCAAUCCGGAUGGUGGUGCAGCUCGCCCAAUCCUUGGAGGCUCUAGCACCUAUCCCUAUCCUCGUAGGGUUAGAACCGGUAGAAAUCCAACCAGAAAAGAUCCAAAAAGUGAGCAACCAGGGGAGGUUUAUAUCCCAAGAGAUGAAAAUUUUGGUCAUCUGAAGUCAUCAGAUUUCCUUACAUAUGGAAUAAAAUCUUUAUCUCAAGACGUUUUACCUCUGUUUCAAUCUUUAAUUUUUGAUUUGAAUUUCACACCGAAUGAGUUUGCUAGCUUCGAUGACGUGCGUGGACUCUAUGAAGGUGGAAUUACACUCCCUACUAAUAUACUCAGCAAAUUUAGCCCCUUACCUGUUCUCCAGGAAAUCUUCCGCACUGAUGGUGAACAAGUCCUCAAGUUUCCACCACCCCAUGUAAUCAAAGUUAGUAAAUCUGAAUGGAUGACUGAUGAUGAAUUUGCAAGAGAGAUGAUUGCUGGUGUAAAUCCUUGUGUAAUUCGCCUUCUUCAAGAGUUCCCACCACAAAGCAAGCUAGAUGCCAGUGUCUACGGUGAUCAAACUAGUACAAUAACAAAAGAACACUUGGAGACUAACCUAGAUGGGGUCACAGUAGAUGAGGCACUUAAUGGUCAGAGACUACUCAUAUUAGAUUACCAUGACGCAUUCUUGCCAUAUUUGAGUAAGAUAAACCAAAAUGCAAAGGCUUAUGCCACGAGGACAAUCGUGUUCUUGAAAGAUGAUGGAACUCUAAAGCCUCUGGCCAUUGAAUUAAGUUUGCCACAUCCAGAUGGUGAUAAGUUUGGUGCCGUCAGUAAAGUAAUCUUGCCCGCGAAUGUUGGUGUUGAAAGUACUAUUUGGCUAUUGGCCAAGGCUUAUGUUAUUGUAAAUGAUGCAUGUUAUCACCAGUUAAUGAGCCACUGGUUAAAUACUCAUGCAGUGAUGGAGCCAUUUGUCAUAGCAACAAACAGGCAUCUUAGUGUGCUUCACCCUAUUUAUAAACUUCUAUAUCCUCACUAUCGUGACACCAUCAAUAUCAAUGGACUUGCUCGUCAUGCCCUGAUUAAUGCAGGUGGAAUUAUAGAGCAAUCAUUUUUGCCUGGACCGUAUUCUAUUGAGAUGUCUUCGGUGGCUUACAAGAAUUGGGUUUUUACUGACCAAGCAUUACCAGCUGAUCUCAUCAAGAGAGGAUUGGCAGUUGAGGAUCCCUCUUCCCCUCAUGGUCUUCGCCUUGUGAUAGAGGACUACCCUUAUGCUGUUGAUGGACUAGAAAUAUGGGAUGCUAUUAAGACAUGGGUCCAAGACUAUGUCUCCUUGUACUAUGCCACAGAUGUGGCUGUUCAAAAUGACUCUGAACUUCAAGUUUGGUGGAAGGAAGCUGUAGAAAAGGGCCAUGCUGACUUGAAAGAUAAGCCAUGGUGGCCUAAGUUGCAGACUCUUGAAGAACUUAUUCAAUCAUGCACUAUUAUCGUAUGGAUUGCUUCUGCUCUUCAUGCAGCUGUUAAUUUUGGACAAUAUCCUUAUGGAGGUUAUAUCCUGAACCGUCCAACUAUUAGUAGAAGAUUGAUCCCAGAAAAAGGAACUCCAGAAUAUGAUGAGAUGACAAAGAAUUCUCAAAAGGCUUAUUUGAGAACAAUUACACCAAAAUUCCAAACUCUUGUUGACCUUUCAGUGAUUGAGAUAUUGUCAAGGCAUGCUUCUGAUGAGGUCUACCUUGGGGAGAGGGAUAAUCCAAAUUGGACAAGUGAUUCGAGGGCAUUGCAAGCCUUCAAAAAGUUUGGAAGCAAGUUGACAGAAAUUGAGGAAAAGAUCAUAGGGAGGAACAACAAUUCAAGUCUGAGAAAUCGAUCGGGGCCAAUUAAACUGCCCUACACUUUGCUCCUUCCUACAAGUGAUGAAGGGUUGACUUUCAGAGGAAUUCCCAAUAGUAUCUCUAUAUGA